UAUUUUAGUAUUUGCUUUUAAUUACAUACUUUCGUUAUGUUUUAUGAGUUUUCUGUUAGAGUUUUAAAACCGUGGUAAUGAUUAUUCUCGCAUGACAGAGACAGUAAACAGUAAACAGUCUUUAUUCUCCUCACGCCUGUCGUUUCUGCGGACCUGCUUGUCUGUAAACUUGUAUACCGACAUAGACAACACCAUCAAAGAUGUUUCUUACACGAUCUGAGUACGACCGCGGCGUGAAUACGUUCUCACCAGAAGGCAGGCUGUUCCAAAUUGAAUAUGCCAUUGAAGCUAUUAAGCUUGGAUCGACAGCCAUAGGAAUCCAAACAGCAGAUGGUAUUGUUCUCGCUGUAGAAAAGAGAAUCACCUCGCCACUCAUGGAGCCUUCUAGUAUUGAAAAAAUUACAGAAAUAGACAGGCAUGUAGGUUGCGUGAUGAGUGGACUGAUUGCCGAUUCGAAAACGAUGAUAGACCACGCUCGUGUGGAGGCGCAGAACCACUGGUUCACGUACAACGAAAGCAUGGAAGUAGAGAGUAUCACUCAGGCAGUGUCCAACCUCGCGAUACAGUUUGGCGACGAUGACACAGAGGCACACACCAUGAGCCGACCUUUCGGAGUGGCCCUCCUGUUUGCGGGAAUCGAUAAAGAAAAAGGCCCGCAGUUAUUCCACAUGGAUCCGUCUGGAACCUACAUUAUGUACGAAGCGAAGGCUAUCGGGUCAGCAUCAGAAGGGGCACAGCAGUCUCUCCAGGAACUAUAUAACAAGUCGCUGACCCUGCCCGAAGCCAUCGAUCACGCGAUUAAGAUCCUGAAGCAGGUGAUGGAGGAGAAGCUGACGUCGACGAACGUGGAGCUCGCCACCGUCACGCCGGAGAAGCUCUUCCACAUGUUCACGACGGAGGAGGUUGAGGAGGUCCUCAAGAACAUGAAGUGACCUUCCUCCUCUUCCCAUCCUUGUCUUAGUUCCAGCAGUCACGUUAGAGUAAUGCACGGGCCUGUUGCUGUGAAUGUUCGCUGAGGAGGUCGAGGAGGUCCUCAAGAACAUGAAGUGGCCUUGCUCCUCUCCCUCCUCCUCCUCCUCCUCAUCUUCCUCCUCUCCUCCUCGUCGUCACAGAGUCCGGUUGUAGCGUCAGAGUAAACGUGCGGUUGCUGUGAAUGUUCACCGAGUCCGUGUGCAGAGAAUCAGGCUGUCGGAGUGUGUGAGGAAUAGCGUAUACAACUCGGGCGCGUUGAUGUUCUGAGCAGAACAGCGUUUAAAUUUUGACGGGUCGAAGUUGUUUUGAGUUUGUGAACAGUCCGGGAGAAUAUUCGACGAUUUUCGUUGGUCGUGUGAAGGUUUGCUGUGCGCGUUAUGGUGUGUAGAAACAACAGCAUCUACUGGUACAUAGCCACGCAUGUUUGGUACGUUUUUGUCAGCAACUGGGUGUGUCGAUCAAUUAAUAUUGAUGUGUAACUAAAAUUUGCUGUGCAUUA